ACAGUCACAUGAUCGUGUUCCUCUGCGGCGCUGGAGGAGUUCUGCUACUUACAAACAACUGACUCAGAUGAAGCCAUGAAGCUCAUAAUCCUCAAUGACUACGACCAAGUCAGCGAAUGGGCUGCCAAGUACAUCAGGAACAGAAUAAGGAAGUUUAAUCCAGGUCCUGAGCGGUUCUUCACUCUGGGUCUUCCAACAGGAAGCACUCCACUUGGAUGCUACAAGAAACUGAUCGAGUACCACAAGAAGGGAGAAAUAUCUUUUCAGUAUGUGAAAACGUUUAAUAUGGAUGAGUAUGUAGGACUUCCCAGAGACCAUCCUGAAAGUUAUCAUUCAUUCAUGUGGAAUAACUUCUUCAAGCACAUCGACAUUCGAGCAGAAAACGCUCACAUCCUGGAUGGCAACGCACCCAAUCUAGAGAAGGAAUGUCAGGACUUUGAAGCCAAAAUCAAAGCCGCAGGAGGAAUUGAGCUCUUUGUUGGCGGGAUUGGACCUGAUGGUCACAUUGCAUUCAAUGAGCCUGGUUCCAGUCUUGUGUCUCGAACGCGUGUUAAGACCCUGGCUAUGGACACAAUUCUGGCUAAUGCACGUUUCUUUGAUGGAGAUCUCUCUAAGGUGCCCACCAUGGCCCUCACAGUUGGCGUUGGCACUGUGAUGGAUGCUAGAGAGGUCAUGAUCCUUAUCACUGGCUCUCAUAAAGCAUUUGCGCUCUAUAAAGCCAUAGAGGAGGGAGUGAAUCACAUGUGGACAGUGUCGGCCUUCCAGCAGCAUCCUCAGACUGUGUUUGUGUGCGAUGAAGACGCCACUCAAGAGCUGAGGGUCAAAACUGUCAAGUAUUUCAAAGGCAUUAUCCAUGUGCACAACAAGAUGGUGGAAGAGCCAUAAACUAACACUGAAGAGAAGAAUGGAAAGAGCAAAUAUGUGUUUGUGCAAAUGUUUAAAAUGUUUCCCUUGUUUGUUAGAUCAAUGUUUCUGUCUGUUGACCAUUUUGGUACUCGAACAAUUUUAAUAAAAUGUGUUUUUA